UCUCUUUAUUGAUGGAUUUGAACAGAAAGGGCCCCAGGAGGGGUGUAAAGGUUAAGGAACUGCCUGUCUGUACUGUCCCAAAGGUAAACAAAUCCGCUAACCUUGAGUAAAGUCCAAUGGGGGUUCGCGCAGAGAACGAGCAGACAGGACAUUCUGAGAGGGAGCUUUGCAGAAACUGGUCCUUGCACGUAAGACAAAAAGGAGCCCAGACUGCAGCUAUCGCCCGAGGUCCGAGGUCUGAGUUACGCUAUCAUGGAUAUCCUUCACAGCUGGGGGGUUGAGCUGACCAGUCAUCUGCAGAUCAGAUACAGCAGGUACGAGGGUCUGUUUAGCCUCGCCUCUGCCGUGGCCGAUCUGCACACCACGUUCUUCUGCCUGUUUCCCGUGUGGUUCUACAUGCGCAGGGACACAGGGGUCAGGCUAAUCUGGGUGGCUGUCAUUGGAGACUGGCUCAAUUUAGUGCUGAAAUGGGUUCUUUCCGGAGAGAGGCCCUACUGGUGGGUUCACGAGACCCAGUUUUACGGGGCAGGAAAGGCCCCAUCGCUGCAGCAGUUUCCUAUCACAUGUGAAACUGGACCAGGAAGCCCUUCGGGUCAUGCUAUGGGUGUAGCUGGUGUCUGGUAUGUGAUGGUCACCGCUCUGCUUUCAAUUGCAAAAGAAAAGCAAUGCCCCUCUGUACUAUACAGCUUGCUGCAGAUCAGCUUGUGGACCUUAAUGGUUGUGGUGGUGCUGAUCGUCUGCAUGUCCAGGGUUUUCAUGGCGGCUCACUUCCCACAUCAAGUUAUUGAGGGGGUCAUCACAGGCAUAGUGGUUGCUGGUAUGGUUUCCAAGAAGAAGUGGAUUUACAGUGCCAGCAUGAGCAAAUACCUCCUCAUCACACUCUUCUUGACUUUCUUCGCUAUUGGCUUCUACCUGCUGCUUAAAAUUGUCGGAGUGGACCUGCUUUGGACCCUGGACAAAGCCCAGAAAUGGUGCAUCAAGCCAGAGUGGAUCCAUCUGGACACCACACCCUUCGCCAGCCUCCUACGCAACAUAGGUAGUCUGUUUGGUCUUGGACUGGGACUGCACUCUCCCUUCUACCAUGGCAUCAAGAAGAACGCAAAUGCUGGUUUCAAGAUGGGGUGCAUUAUGAGCGCCUUGUUCUUGCUUCAUCUCUUGGAUGGAUGGACCUUUUCCUCAGACAACCACUUGACUUUCUAUAUCCUAUCUUUUGGUAAGAGUGCUUUUGCACUUUUAAUCCCAACCACUUUAAUUCCUUGGGCUCUUUGUAGGAUUUGCAAAGGAAUGGAGUUGGAUAAGAACUUGUGAUUUAUAUCUUAUUAUGUGUUUCAAUUCAACUAGUGGUUUUAGUUGUUCCUUAUCCAAAAGAAAAUUGGGGAAACUAGUACCAGUCACUAAUUGGUGAGUUACUUAAGCUGUGCUGGUGGAAAAAAAAAAAAAAAAAGGAACUAGCUUGUUUUAUUCUAGUUGAAAAGACGCCCUUAUAGAGGCAUGAGCUUUGAAAUCCUUUCAUGACAAAACAAGAAUAGCACUUGAGGUAUAAGAUUUUCAGCAUAUUGAUUAAAAUGUCCCACCCAAAAUUUGAGCAUCUGUCCCACAUCUCUGUGCCUGUCUCCUCGCUCUCCCCUCAUUAGGAGGAAUUUCACAAAAUUACCCUGAUAAGCUGAGCUAAAAAGUAAGUUAUCAAGCCUAGUUUGUGUCAAUGUGUUGUUGAGGUAAUACCUUCAGCAAUUUAUUUAGCAGUCCAAAAAUAACCUCAAGAUUAGCUUCACAGAUUGUGAAGAUGUUCUAAAGAGUCUUUCAAUGAAAAAUUCACACGUUAACAUGACAAACAUAGCAAAUCGUUAGCAGAUUAUUGUAAUAAGUUAGUUAAAACGUCAAUAGUCUUUUUACGGUUGAUAACAUACACUUUUUUGUAAAUGUUUACCAAGGAAGAUGGUCUAAUUGUUUUUUGCUAAACAGAAUUAAGGGACACCAAUAAUUUAAGAGUUAGAGUCAAUUUUACUUUCUGACGAUGCCUAGAAAAGGGGGUUUUGUCAACCGAGGUCACGUCUCAAUACGUCACUUAAAAGAGUCAGCGGUAGUUUAUUUGUUAUUUUUCAUUCAAGUUUGUAUUUCAGGCCAUUUUACAAGUCACCAGAAUUAGCAAAGUUUAACGGUUUAAUUUGACAACUCUGUUGUUAUCGGGGCAAGGAAAACGGUUUGCUAUAAGUAUGUUUAUUUGUUCAUCAUAUUAAAAAAGUUACAAAAAACAAACCAGUAGCUUUUUAUAGUGAGCAAUUGUACACAUUUAUUGGCGAAAAAAGUAGUUUGAAAUUUCAGCGGAGGGGAGCUUACAAAUACCCUAACAAGCAAAAGUAGGAGCUAUAACUUAAUUAGCUUAGAAUGUGAAAAGGGCAAGAAACAUAUCAAUUUAUGUUGCAUCUUUACCAACAGAAAGUGACGUGUAGAGAAGCAGUUCCCUGUCACAAGCCAUUUGCUAAGCAAAUCUUAAUGCAUGUUUACACAUUUUAUACAGACUUUCUACAACAACUGAAUUACUUUUAUAUCUCACACAAAAAGUCCAGAUUUCAAUCUGUGAUUUAAUGAAUUAUGUCCUUUUUCUACAAUGAUAGCAAUGACUAAAAUGUUUUUGGGGAUGACAAACAGAUUGCUUUGUGUAACAAUUUGAACUCUUUGCUUUGGUUAUUAAUACUGACAUCAAGAGGAAAAAUAUGUUGAUGGGCUGAGAAGAGAUGUUGGAGAAAUAUUAUGUUUUAUAGAUCUUAUGGCCUAUACUUUUAUAAUGUGCAGUCUCAUUGAUUCCAGUUUGUGCAUUUCCCAAUUUCGUCGCAUGUCACUGUCAUCAACAUGUUAAUAAAAGUCUGUUGUUGUUAAACA